UAAACGCACAGGGGUAAACGUUAGCGCGCAGUGAUUAAAGUUAGCCUCAGAGGAAAAUUAACAUAAAACACAAGCUGAAUUCUUAGAACAGAGAAGCAGAGCGUGUUCUGUACUUAGGUCUUCAGACUGAAAGAGUCUGUUUCGUCAAUCUUCGCACCUACCAGAUCUCACUCUGCCUGGACUAUUGUUGUAAAAGAUGAGUGAUCAAGCAAGUGCCAACAAAGAGUUUAUGGAGCAGCUGCGGAUGCAGGAACUCUAUGGCCAGAGAAAUGCGGAUGGCUCUGACCCCUUCACCUACACUGACCCAGAGGACGGGACUGUGUAUGACUGGGACCAUGAAAAGAAGGCCUGGUUCCCAAAAAUAACAGAGGACUUCAUUGCAGCCUACCAGGCCAACUAUGGCUUCACUCAAGAAGGAGAUCCAGAUGUUGACAAAGCUGCAGUGAGCAGCACAGAGCCAGCAGCUCCCAAACCAGACAGCAAGCCCUCAGAAAAGGAGAAACCAGGAAAUGCCGCCCAGAAAACAGAGCCAGUCCAGCAAGAGACCCCAUCUAAAGAAGCUAAGCAGAAAGGGGAGAAGAGGAAAGCAGAGCCAGGAUGGUUUGAUAUCGACGACAGUAAAAACACAAACGUCUACGUAUCAGGCUUGCCUCCUGACAUCAGCACUGAGGAGUUUGCUGAGUUGAUGUCCAAGUGUGGCAUUGUGAUGCGGGACCCCAUCACCGAAGAGUACAAGGUCAAACUAUACAAGGACAAAGAGGGAAAUCUGAAGGGAGAUGGCCUCUGCUGCUAUCUCAAGAAGGAGUCGGUGGGUUUGGCUCUGCGUCUGAUUGAUGAGUCAGAGAUCCGAGGUUAUAGACUCCACGUGGAAGCAGCACGGUUUGAGCUGAAGGGCCAUUAUGACGCCAGCAAAAAGAAGAAGAAGAACAAAGAUUAUAAGAAGAAAUUGCAGCAGCAACAGAAACAGUUGGAUUGGAGGCCAGAGAAGCAAGGAGAGGUGAGGAAGAGGCAUGAAAAAGUUGUCAUCAUCAGGAACAUGUUCCAUCCCAGUGACUUUGAGGAAGACCCACUGGAGUUGAAUGAGUAUCGUGAGGAUCUACGGACAGAGUGUGAGAAGUUCGGGGAGGUCAAGAAGGUCAUCCUCUUUGAUAGACACCCAGAUGGCGUGGCAUCAGUCGCAUUUAAGGAGCCUGAGCAAGCCGAUGCGUGCAUUCAGUCGUUCAACGGUCGCUGGUUUGGAGGAAGGCAGCUGACUGCUCUGCUUUGGGACGGAACGACAGACUAUCAGGUGGAAGAGACGACACGUGAGCGGGAGGAACGACUGAAGGGUUGGUCUGCUUUCCUGGAGGGAGACAAACAGAGCCAGCAGAACAACACCACCAAGCCAGCAGAGGGCGCCACCACCGACACCACCACCACCAGCACCACCACCACCACUACAGAACCCACAGAGCCCUCCAGCACCACAGAGCCCAAACAGCAUCCAAAAUCAGAACCACAGCAACAGGAGGAGGGAGCAGAGUCUACAGACAGCAGCCUAGCAGGAAGUGAUGAUGAGGAAGCGUAAAAACUCACAUGUACAUCGUUGGUCCCCAUGGCAACCAAUUAGGACAGUCCUGCUUGAAUUUGAACUGUGGAGAAGCUCCUUGUUGAGCAGGCGAGGAUGAGGAGGUGGUAUUUGAACAGUUUGAGCUGUUUUGUAAUGUAGGAAAAUAAAUUGUGUUAAGAUAA